GAAAUUUGUGAGUGUUCGUUCGUGUGCCGGUUGCCAAUUUUUCUUCGGUUAUUAGGUUUCCAGAUAGAUUUAAGUUCAGCUAGAAUAAAGUGUAACAAAAUGCUGACGGAAACGACGCUAACACUCAUACAAAUAUUAGAAAAGACUAUAUCACCAGAUCGAAAUGAAUUGGAAGCCGCUGAAAAAUACCUUGACCAUGCAGCUGUCACCAACUUCACAACCUUUAUCAAGAUGCUGUCAGAUGUGCUGGUACAAGGAGGAAAUAGCCAAGUGGCUAGAAUGGCUGCUGGAUUGCAGCUGAAAAACCACUUGACAUCCAAAGAUCCCACUUUAAAAUUGCAAUAUCAGCAACGAUGGCUAGCACUACCUGAGGAUAUAAGACUUUAUAUUAAAAAAAAUAUCUUAGCAGCAAUAGGAACUGAGAAUAGUAGGCCUAGUUCUGCAGCACAGUGUGUUGCAUAUGUAGCAGUGGCAGAGCUUGCUGAAGGACAGUGGAAUGAACUCAUUCCCAUGCUUGUAGAAAAUGUUCUUAAUGCUCAAUCAACAGAAUUGAAAAAAGAAGCAAGCUUAGAGGCUAUCGGUUAUAUAUGUCAAGAAAUAGAUGCAGAAGUAUUAACAGAAAAAAGUAAUCCAAUUUUAACUGCUAUUAUCCAUGGAAUGAGAUCUACUGAACCUAGUAGUUAUGUUCGCCUUGCUGCAACACAAGCACUGCUUAACUCACUCGAGUUCACAAAAGCUAAUUUUGAUAAAGAAAACGAAAGAAACUUUAUAAUGGAAGUUGUUUGUGAAGCAACACAAUCUAGUGAUAUGAGGAUAAGUGUAGCAGCACUUCAAUGUUUAGUAAAAAUUUUAACUCUAUACUAUCAAUACAUGGAACCAUACAUGGGACAAGCUCUAUUUCCUAUUACCUUAGAAGCAAUGAAAUCUGAUGUUGAUGAGAUUUCAUUACAAGGUAUUGAAUUCUGGUCAAAUGUAAGUGAUGAAGAAAUCGAUCUGGCUAUCGAAAUGGCUGAGGCAGCAGAAGCAGGCCGUCCACCAGUUAGGACAUCGCGAUUUUAUGCCAGAGGAGCACUACAGUAUAUUGCUCCAGUCCUUAUGCAAAAACUCACCAAGCAAGACGACUCUGAUGAUGAACUUGAAUGGAACCCAUCUAAAGCUGCUUCAGUGUGUUUGAUGUUACUUUCAAACUGCUGUGAAGAUGAGAUUGUUCCAAAUGUUUUGCCUUUCAUUCGUACUAAUAUCAAAAAUGAAAAUUGGAGAUACAGAGAAGCUGCACUAAUGGCUUUUGGUUCCAUCUUAGGAGGUCUUGAAGCAAACACUCUUGUUCCUCUUGUGGAAGAAGCUAUGCCUACUUUGAUUGAGGCUAUGUAUGAUUCUAGUGUAGCAGUGAGAGAUACAGCUGCAUGGACAAUUGGCAGAAUUUGUGAAAUUGUUCCUGAAGCAGCUAUCAAUGACACAUAUAUCAAACCACUAUUAGAAAGUCUUGUUAGGGGCCUCAAGGCUGAGCCUCGUGUCGCUGCAAGUGUUUGCUGGGCAUUCACUGGUCUAGCUGAAGCGGCUUAUGAGGCUGCCGAUAGUAGCGAUUCGCAUCAACCAAAAACUUAUUGCAUGUCAUCUUACUUUGAUUACAUUGUUGAGCGUCUUUUGGAAACAACUGAUCGUCAAGACGCAGCUCAACAUAACCUAAGAUCAGCAGCUUAUGAAGCACUCAUGGAGAUGGUUAAAAAUUCUCCUACAGAUUGCUAUGUCACUGUGCAAAAAACUACAAUGGUUAUACUAGAAAGGCUGCAACAAGUACUACAAAUGGAGAAUCACAUCUCCAGUCAGGUUGACAGAUCUCAGUUUAAUGAUCUACAGAGUCUCUUAUGUGCCACUUUACAAUCUGUACUUCGGAAAGUUACACCGGAGGAUGCCCCUCAGAUAUCUGACGCUAUAAUGACGGCACUUUUAACAAUGUUCGCUGGUAACGCGGGUAAGACAGGUGGCGUCCAAGAAGACGCUUUAAUGGCGGUAUCCACACUGGUUGAAGUAUUAGGUGAAGGCUUCCUUAAAUAUAUGGAUGCAUUUAAACAAUAUCUCUAUGUUGGGCUCAAAAAUCAUCAAGAGUACCAAGUAUGUGUGUCCGCUGUCGGUGUAACUGGCGAUAUCUGUCGCGCUCUAAAGAGUAAGGUGCUCCCAUAUUGUGAUGAAAUCAUAUUUCUCUUAUUAGAGAACCUUGGUGAUCCAUCUAUUCAUCGCUCAGUGAAACCUCAAAUUUUAUCUGUAUUUGGAGAUAUUGCCCUGAGCAUUGGUCCUGAUUUUAAGAAAUAUUUUGAUGUGGUUAUGCAAAUGUUACAACAGGCAAGUAGCGCACAAGUUGAUCGUAAUGAUUAUGACAUGGUUGAAUACUUAUGUGAGUUACGAGAAAGUGUUCUGGAAGCUUACACAGGUAUCAUUCAAGGAUUGAAAGGGGCAAGUGGAGAGGUGCAGUCGGACGUGGCGCUGGUGGAGCCGCACGUGGGCGCCAUCGUGAACUUCAUGAUCCAGGUGGCGUCGGAACCCGAGCGCACGGACGGGCACAUGUCGGUGAUCGCGGGGCUGACGGGCGACCUGUGCACGGUGUUCGGGCUGCGCGUGCUGCCCAUGCUGGAGACGCGGCCGCUGCUGGACCUGCUGCAGGUGGCGCGCCUGUCGCGCACGCCGCGCACCAAGACGCUGGCCAACUGGGCCACCAAGGAGAUCCGCAAGCUCAAGCAGCAGGCGCCUCUCGCUAGCUGAUUUGAAACCACGUGGAACAACAGUGAUGUAACGAAGUUUCAGACAACUUAUUGCUGGUAAACUCAAAUAUAAUAUUGGGAGGUCAUAUCAUGUCAUUAUUUGUAAGUCGUUAGGUGCAUUAUUUUUAGGCCUUAGAGAAUGCUUAUUUUCGUUUCAAUUUUAAAACUUGCUCUCUGUGACAUUGUCUACAUUUACUUCAUAUCGCAAAAUUUACAUAUUAUAAUCAUGUAUGUGUCUAUUAUUACUUAUUUGAAUUGAAGCGUAAGAUCUAACAACGCAAUUACCGAUAUUUUCGAAAUGGAUAAUGUACUAUUUCGAAUUUGAUAACUAUUUAUACUAUAUUAUAUGUUGUUAAUGUUUUAAAUUAAAACUUAGGAGCCAAGUGCUAAGCGCGGAGCUUCAAAUUUUGUAAACAUCAAAUUCGAAAUAGAAUUUUAACUCGUUCAUUAAAAAUUAAAUAAUUAUAUUGAAUUUAUGAGUUACUUGUUGUUAUAUCUUAAGCAAUGAUAUGUGGCUUUUGAUAUUUAAUGGAAAUUUCCUAUUAUAGAUGCAUUUAUCUAUAAAUAUUCACUUCCUAUAACAUUAUUGUAAUUCAAUGCUUAAUACGUGUAUAAUAAGCUGCUUCCGACAGAUGUACAAGGAAUUAUUUUAUUUGUGUAUCACAAAGUGAUCAACGUGCGGCCAAUGCACCUAGCGCGGUAUAUUUGAAACAUUAUGUAAAGCCUCACCAUUAUCAUUUCAUAAUAAUCUUAAUAAAAAAAAAAACGUUAAAGCAUUUUCCUAUUUGGUAUUAUAGAUACAGACAGUGGCUGUGGUAUCUUUACUUAUGUGAAGCGAAAGAGAAUUGAAUGAAAGUUGAAGUAUGUUAUUAUAGGCAUGCACAUAUGCAAGGGAUUGUGAAUUUUAUAAAUUAUUAUUGUUUUGUAAGAUAUUUGAAAGGAAUCGUGGAUGACGAAGAAUGUUUGUGUGAUGUGUGUGCGAUCAGCAUUUUGUAAACUUAGACAUGUUAUCAGCCCUGACGAAGGUUUGGUAUUAAUGUAUAAGGUUCCGUCGAAGUUACGAGCGAGACUUAAGGACGCCAUAUUGGUGUAUUAUGCUUUUUAUUCAUCAUAACUAUUUUAAUAAGAAAACGUCACUGCCGACCACUAGAAAAAGAUCAAACUAUUAAAUAUAUAAUUUAAAAAACAAAUAUUUUUUAUAUUUGCAUGUCAAAAUGUAUUUUCUACUUGGUCUUAUGUAAUAAUUUUUAAAUAUCAAAUUUACAUUAAGUGUUUAUUACAUAAUUAGUAAUUCAUUAAAAUUAUUAAAAACAUAUAUAUUCAUAUACAAUAACAUUGAAUGGAAUUGCAACAUAUUAUGACAGUAUAUAAUAUUGUUUUUGCUAAAAUUAGAGAUAAAUACUUUAAGCAAUUCUAUUAUAAAAUUACUACAUACAUGAUUUAUGUUUACUAAUUUAGUGAUUUAUUUAUGAAUAAUAUAUUAUUAUUAACAAGAAAUAUUAAUUAAUGUUAUUUUUGUGAUGAAUAAAAAGUCAGCCUGCCUUUAGUCUCGAUCUCAUGUUUUGUACAUAUGUAAUUAACAGCUCUUUUUCCUUUACAUGGUACGUUUUAUUGGCGAAACAUUGGCCAAAAUCAAGCACUGACACUAACAAAUUAUUGUAUAAAUAAUUAAUUGUGCUUCCGUCGUUUUCAAAGUUAUCUUAUAAAGAAUUGUUUUCGAAUCUCAAAUGAGUAUAGUGUAAAUUUCUUUCCAGUUUUAUACGGCUAAUUUGUUAAACUUACGUAUUGUCGCUUGUGACUAUUAAUUAAUUGAUUACAUUAUUAAAAACUGUUUUUCUUUUACAAUUUACACGUCAGUGCCUUUAUGCAUUCGAAGUUUUUAUCGGGUUCGUAAUUUCUUAUCGCGUCAAUGUCAAACAUUCGCGGAAUAUAAUUUGUAACGGAUACUGAGCGAUAAAUCUAUUUUCCAAUAACAGUAGUUGUAACGUUAUGGACUGAAGAGCUUGAUAAAAGCAGAUUGUAAAACAAAUUGUUUUAAUUUAAUUCGUAUAUUGAGUGUUUGCUAGUCUGUGAGCAUCACUGACAGGGAUGAUGUUUGCGCGAAUUAUGCAAGAUUUUUUACGAGAUGUGUGUCGUUACUUCUAGAGCUCAUAAACAUGAUAUGGAUGUGCUUAAAUAUAACGAACCAGUGAUUGUAUAUCGUCUGCCAAGCUCGAAGCUAGUAGAUACAGUAUGGUGUUUAUGAGACUCAUUGGUAUUGUGUUUUUACAUAAUAUGCGUAUAUAUGCUCAUGUAAUACGUACUGAUUGAUAAUUUUUUCAUUAAUCUGUUAUAUUAUGUAGGUACUUAUAUUAAGGAUGAUAGGAGAAUAUGUAUGAGGACUAGUGCCAUGCCAUGAAAGGUUCUGAAUUAGAAUCAUAGGCAUCCGAGUCGAUGAAUACCACCCACUUUUCCUGCGCGAAACAAAUAUUAUUUAAAAUAUUAUUUUGUUACAUCUUUUAAUUUCUUUUGUUUUGCUCAUAAAUACUAUCCUGUAAACAGUUCUACGAUAUUAAAAGCAAUUUUAAAGUUAAA